AUGCCUGGGGAACCCUCCAAUGCAGGAAAGGCCGGCAAUGCUGCAAAGGCCCCGACGGUCACCGUCACCAACCAGGAGGGCGUUGAUUCGGCGCCUUUGUCGACGCGCUCCUCGUUCUCCUUGAAUAACUAUAAUUAUCAAUCCCCCUCUACGCCGGCCACGGGAGCUCAAACUCCCGAUCCUCUGCUGAACCCGAAAGGGAUCGUGCACGAAGACGUGUUGAAGAACUUCCCUCACGCAAUGUCACAGCUGUCUGACAGUCGCCAUGAGGAAUAUGAACUAGACCAGCGCAAGGGCUCUGAACUACCGGGGCAUUUCACGAACCGAAAGCCCUCGGCCACGCCGGGGUUCGCCGACGAGUCCGGCUCUCCUCCACCUCGAGCAUCGCAGGGCAUUCCCCCGGAGAUUGGCAGCUUUGCGGCGGAGCUUGUCCUGAUCAUGGUCUGUUCCGCUGGGCUGAUGCUGUUCUCCUUCCUCUUGGGCGACGUGCUAGCUCCUCAGGAGGAAUUUCGCAAGGCUCUCGGGAUUUCCAGCACGGAGCUACCGUGGCUCGUUGGCUCAUUCAACGUGGCCAACGGUAUAUCUGUCGUGGUGUCGGGAUCUCUAUCGGACUUGACGCCGCCCAAAAGCCUCAUGGUGGGCGCUUUUCUCUGGCUGACAGUAUGGAAUAUCGUGGGCGCUUUCUCUCUGCAUCCGUCGCGAUACGUGCUCUUCUUUAUCGUGCGGGCCAUGCAAGGGUUGUCCAUCGGUGUGCUCGUUUCCGGCAGCAUGAGUAUUCUCGGUCGUGUGUAUAAGCCGGGCAUUCGCAAGAACCGCGUCUUCUCCGCCAUGGCAGCCUGCGCGCCGUUCGGAUUCUCCCUGGGCGCCAUCGAGGGAGGUGCCUUGCAUAAGAAUCUGCCUUGGAUCUUUGGUGUCAAUGCUAUCAUCACCGGUCUCUGCGCCGUAGCCGCCUACUUCUCCAUCCCCACGCUGCGCCCCGUCGCGGAUGCUGAGGGUAAGGAAGCACCAUCCCUUCGCCAGUUUGAUUACAUCGGCGCCAGCCUGGCUAUCCUCGGAUGUGUCUGCUUGCUCUUUGGUCUGACGCAGGGAUCUGUCACGCAGUGGUCCGCUUACACCUGCGUACUCACGGCGCUAGGCAUCGUCUUCUUGAUCGCCUUGUUCAUUGCUGAACGCUACGUGGCUCGUCCCUUGAUUCCCACGCGCCUCUGGAGCACCAAAGGCUUCACCCCGCUCAUGAUCGCCUACUUCCUCGGCUUCGGCUCCUUCUUCGGGGCCUGGCAGUUCUACGCGGUGCAGUUCUGGCUGCGGAUCCAACACGCCACGCCGCUGACUGUCGCCCUCUACCACAUCCCCAACGCCCUCGUCGGCGUCCUCGCCACCUGGAUCGUUAGCCGCACGUUGCACCUCGUGCCGGGCCACUACAUUUACGCCACCUCGAUGUUUGCCUUCACGCUAGGCCCGGCUUUCUUCCUGCCUCAGACGCCCAACACCACGUACUGGGCGCUGUCGCUGCCCGGCAUGGCACUGGUCACCUUCGGCCCGGACCUGGCGUUUGCGGCGGCCUCCAUUUUCAUUACCAGCAACGUAGCUCGCUCGUACCAGGGCAGCGCGGGGAGUCUGCUCGUCACGAACCAGAACCUCUCGUCGGCUAUCAUCACUAGCGUAGCGGACGCCAUCGGCACGAGGGUCGACCGCGGCCCCGACGGGGAGGUCGGGUUGACGGGGCUACGAGCCAUCUGGUGGUUCGCGCUGGCGUGUCAGCUUCUGGCGGCGUUGGUGACGGUGGUCUAG